UCUGUUUUUAGUUGUUAUAAAUAUACAUCUGAAAGCUUAAACCAGAUUGACAAUGGCUUCACCUGACAGUGAGGAGACUGGGAGCGACUUAUCAGAAUCUCUUGAGGUGCAUGAAUUCCAAAGUCAGUAUGAGGAGCCAGGAGGUUACUUCAAAUCCAAAAGUUUACCGAUCCUAAAUGGCUCUUGUCAGCUGGGCGGCGAGCCUUUGGAACCAAGGCUAGUCAACACAACACAGACGUCAAUAAACGCUGAGCAGAGCUCCGUGCUCAGCGAUCUUCCUGGGAAAGCUGAUUCGAGCCAGCCCGACUCCCCAACCAGGACUGACUUCUCGCCCUCCGUGUCUAGCAUGGUAGGGCUGAGCAGCUCCAUGCGAACUGACGUCAACAAUGCCAAGAGCAAAAAACUAGGCUUUUCCCUGUCAAAAUUCAUCCAUUUUCCCGCUAGAAAAUAUAUUCGAGUGAUUCUCUCCGACUCUCGCUGUUUUUUAUUUUGUAUGUGCUACCUGACAUUUAUCCAGUCAUUGAUGGUAUCUGGCUACCUGAGCAGUGUCAUCACCACCAUAGAGAAGAGGUACAGCCUUAGGAGCUCUGAGUCAGGACUGCUGGUCAGCUGUUUUGACAUUGGCAGCCUGCUGGUGGUGGUCUUCAUCAGUUACUUUGGGGGUCGAGGACAGAGGCCUCGCUGGCUGGCGGUGGGUGGUGUCUUCAUCGCCGUGGGAGCUGGCCUGUUCUCCUUACCUCACUUCAUAUCCCCACCUUACCAAAUCCAGGAGGUGAACUCCUCCGCGGGCAGUGAGGGCCUCUGUUUGAAUAGCAAUGGGAGUGGUGGCCGGGACCUCCCGGACGUGUCCUCCUGUCCCAGAGACCAGGAGGGGAACGACCACUCCGUGUACGUGGCGCUCUUCAUCUGCGCCCAGAUCCUCGUCGGGAUGGGUUCCACCCCGAUCUACACGCUGGGACCAACGUACCUGGACGACAACGUCAAGAAGGAGAACGCGUCCCUUUAUCUCGCCAUCAUGUAUGUGAUGGGGGCUCUGGGUCCAGCUGCGGGCUAUCUGCUGGGAGGAGUCCUGAUCGGGUUCUACGUCGAUCCCAAAACCAUCGUCAACAUCGAUCAAAGUGACCCGCGCUUUGUUGGCAACUGGUGGAGCGGGUUCCUCCUCUGUGCCAUCGCCAUGCUGCUCGUCAUCUUCCCCAUGUUCACCUUCCCCAAGAAGCUCCCUCCCCGACACAAGAAGAAGAGGAAGAAGAAAAAGAUGAGCUCAGACGACGUAUCGAGCGACGACGACGUCAUGAAGGAGAAGUCCGGAGGCAAAGGCCAGACGGUCACCUCCUCCAUGGGCUUUGGAAAGGACAUCAAAGACCUCCCGAAGGCCGCUGUCAGGAUCCUGAGCAAUAUGACAUUCCUGUUCGUGAGCCUGUCCUACACGGCCGAGAGCGCCAUCGUCACCGCCUUCAUAACCUUCAUUCCCAAGUUCAUCGAGUCUCAGUUUGGCAUUCCGGCGUCCAAUGCCAGCAUCUACACCGGGGUCAUCAUUGUGCCCAGUGCCGGGGUGGGCAUCGUCCUCGGGGGCUACAUUAUUAAGAAGCUGAAGCUGGGGGCCCGAGAGUCUGCUAAGCUGGCCAUGAUCUGCAGUGGCGUGUCCCUGCUCUGCUUCUCCACCCUCUUCAUCGUCGGCUGCGAGAGCAUCAACUUGGGCGGCAUCAACAUCCCCUACACCACUGGCCCGACCCUCACCAUGACGCACAGGAACCUGACGGGCAGCUGUAACGUGAACUGCGGCUGUAAGAUCCACGAGUACGCCCCGGUCUGCGGCUCCGACGGCAUUACGUACUUCAACCCCUGCCUGGCAGGGUGCAGCAGCGUAGGCAACGACAGCACGGGAAUCCGGAACUACACAGACUGUGCCUGCGUUCAGAGCAGACAGGUCAUCACCCCGCCCACGGGAGGCCAGGGCAACCAGCUCCAGCUCGUCAUCGUCAAGACCUACCUGAACGAGAACGGCUACGCCGUGUCGGGGAAGUGCGACCGCACCUGCAACACGCUCAUCCCCUUCCUCAUCUUCCUCUUCAUCGUCACGCUCAUCACGGCCUGCGCCCAGCCCUCCGCCAUUAUCGUGACACUCAGGUCAGUAGAAGAGCAGGAACGACCUUUUGCACUGGGAAUGCAGUUUGUUCUUCUAAGAACGCUUGCCUACAUUCCGACGCCCAUCUACUUUGGCGCGGUCAUCGACACCACCUGCAUGCUGUGGCAGCAGGACUGCGGGGUCCACGGCUCCUGCUGGGAGUACGACGUCACCUCCUUCCGCUUCGUCUACUUCGGGCUGGCCGCCAGCCUGAAGUUCGUGGGCUUCGUCUUCAUCUUCCUCACCUGGUACUCCAUCAAAUACAAGGAGGACCGGCUGGAGCGCUGGCGCCAGCGCGCCUCGCCGCUCGGCACCGUCAGCGAGCUCAUCUGCCACGCGGGCGGCCAGAAGAGCCACGCCCGGACUCGCUCCUGCCCGGCCUUCAACCCCCGCCUGGAGCCGCCCGAGGCCCCGGCCCUCAACCGGGGCCCCAGCAGCCAGAGCUGCCCCGGGAACACCCUCAAAGCAAUAACACCGCCCGCCCGCUCGCUGGAUGAGGUCACCGCCCACAUCUGAGGACAGGACACGCCUCUGGCCGCCCCGCUCGACAUGUGCCUUCCUGUUCUGCGCUCCACUCUCAAGCGGUCAGACACGGGGCCGACUCCCAGACAGGCCGC